CGUUCGCUUUUAAACGGAUUAUUCUUGUUGAAAAAGUGCAACGAUACUUCGGUUAACGAUGGUAUUUAUUUUUGUCAUUUUAACCCCCUUGAUCCGGCAAUCGUAGUAAUUUUUAGAAUGUUUAAGGAUGUGCUGAAAAUUAACGAACAUCAUCAAUCAGUUUUGAACGGAUACUCGCAAUUGAACCGAUACCAAAGGCAACAGUACUUGAAAUCAGUCCAAGCUUCAAUUAAAGAUGUGAUAAAGUCCAAAUUAUUAGAAGACACGUAUACGAGAGACGAAGUCACCGAAAUCAUAAAAAACAUGCAGAAUUUAAUCGUAGACGAUUUAGAAUCCGAACUAAUAAAUAUUCUACAAACAAAUAUGCUGAUGCUGUGUCAGCUAUUUCAGCAAGCUGAAAAAUGGCAUCUACAGCUUUCCAUAGAUUUAUCGGAAAUGCAAAAUAAAGAAUUAUUAGAAGGAGUCAAACAUAUCGAAAAUAUUCCAACGAAACUAGAUAAGCCUAAAUUAUCACCAUUGUCACUAAAUGUUGAGAAAACUUCGGAAGUUUUAAGACUGGAAAUCUCUAAUUUGCAAAAAGAAAAUCAACAGUUGGCAGAAGAUAUGAAAAAUCUGCAAGAUAAGAUGCUUGAAUUAAGACAAGAACAAGACAAUAUAUCAGUCAAAAGUGAAGAAAAAGAUAAAAUAAUUAUAAGCCUGGAAGACGUUAUAGAGAAAAAAAAUCAAGAAGAAGAACGUUUGAGAAAUGAACAGAAAAAUACGGAUUCUGAGAAAAUUCUUGAAGACUACGAUAAAGUUUUGGCUGAACAAAUCGGUCACGAACUGGAAGAGAUGAAGAAAAAGGUCGAUGCUGCUCAGGCUCAACUCACUUUGGCUGAAAUGGAACUUGAAAAGAAAUUUAACAAUACUGCAGCCUACAAUAACAUGAAGAAAAUUAUUUCCAAGAAAAAUGAACAAAUUAAGGAAUUGAGAUCUCAUUUAUCUAAAUACGAGGCUCUUGAUAACUUGGAAAUGGGCACCGACAAAGAAGAAAAGGAAACCGAAUGAACAAAAACAUACACAGAAAUCAAAUUAAUCCAAAUAGUGAUUCCUGGCGUAAAAUCCCAGCCUUUGCCUUUUUACUAUGAUUUUUUUUUAAUUGAUUGCAUCAUUAGCAUAUGUGAUAUUUUUGUUAUCAAUUUACAUUCAGAAUGGAGUGAUUUAUAUGUUUAUUU